ACUUUCAGUGUCCAAAAUAAAAUUUUCCAUGAGGGCAAUUUAAAAAAUUGCUUUGAUUGAGUCAUUUCUUUUUUUAUGUUGACGUAUUUCGAUUCUCGUAUUAUGACGUCACGACGAGUCGAACUAUCGAGUGGUAACUAGAAAGGUGACAGGGUUGUUGAGCAAAAUUUGUUUGCAUUGAGGCUUAGGAAAGCAACGCAUUUAAAAAUAAACCAAAAUUAAGUAUUUGUGCGUUUUGUUUCUGUGUAAUCAACCUGAAAAUUAGAUUUAAAACAUUAGGGUAAUGUCUACUCCAGCUCGGAGACGACUAAUGCGUGAUUUUAAAAGACUGCAGGAAGAUCCACCCGCCGGUGUGAGCGGUGCUCCCACGGACAAUAACAUAAUGAUAUGGAAUGCUGUGAUUUUUGGCCCCCAUGACACUCCUUUUGAAGACGGCACUUUUAAAUUAACUUUAGAAUUUACUGAAGAGUAUCCCAACAAGCCACCCACGGUGCGAUUUGUAUCUAAAAUGUUUCACCCCAAUGUUUAUGCAGAUGGAAGUAUCUGCUUGGACAUUCUUCAAAAUCGGUGGAGUCCCACAUAUGACGUUUCUGCAAUUUUGACGUCAAUACAGUCCCUGCUGGACGAACCGAACCCGAACAGUCCGGCAAACAGCCUGGCCGCCCAGCUGUACCAGGAGAAUCGGAGAGAGUAUGAGAAACGAGUAGCAACCAUUGUGGAACAGAGCUGGCUGAACUUCAACGAUGACGAAGAGAAGGAACCCAAAAAAGACUCUUAGGAAAGACCCCCCGUGGCCCGUCGAACUUGACGCGUUGCGGUCCCUCAAGCACUCACUGACUGACUGCGGGGUCGCGUUAUAUAUAUAUGUAUUUUGUUUGCAAUCCGAGAAAAAACAACUGGCUUACUUUUUAUAUCUUAAGGUGUGUUUAAAGUCCUCAUCGAUUUGUAUAUGGCUCUAGCUGAAAUUGCCCGGAUUUUAUUUAAAUUACCCUGUAUUAUCAUUGUACAUUUUAUUUUUCAAAUGCAUACUUUUGUUCUCGA